UUAUAGAGAGUGCAUCACGUGUGCUCUGCAUGAAGAAUUCCUGAACUCCUGUACUGUCGGUCAUAGUAAGAUGCUUCAGUGCACAUGAAAUAUUUUGUUCUUAUUAAGGUUGCUGUGGUCAUUAAUUAUAGGAAUGAGGGGACUUUACCUGAACUCAGCUGUUUACACACAUACACUCCCUCAGAGGUGACAGUUAGUAUGCGUUGGUUUUGUACUUGGCCUACAUUUUGAUCUGGUGGUCGAACAGGCAUAAGUGCGCAAGUGAGUGCUGCAAUCUUUGUCUGGUCUGUCUGUAGGCCAGCUAGCACACUCAGCUGACACACAUACAUGCCGAACAGACCUUAGUGACAUCCUGGUGUACCUAUGUCACACAGACCCUCCGCAUUAUCUUACUAAUAUAUCCUGCUGUGGUUUUUAUCAACAUCCUAGUCGCUGGUAGGAAAAUGGCUGGUCAGUGGCUGACUUUGGUUCUACAUCAGGGAAGGUGUGUGUGUAAAGCCCAGCGGCAGAGAUAAAACCAACAGGAGACAAGGCUUGAAAAGAGGCAGCCUAAUACAUCCGGGUGCUCCCCCCCCCCACCCCACCUCCCUGAAUAUACUACUUCCUAGACAGCCCAUGUGAGACAACCACCCUCAGCCAGGUGGACAGUGGCAUUGCUGGACUACCUGUGGAUGUGUAUGCAGUUGUUCACCAGCUGUGACUUGACAAGAGGAGACCUGCCUACCCAGACCAGCAUGACCAUGUGAACCUCUCAGCCAUAUAAAUACAGAUCAAGUUCACGCAUAGCUUCAGCACAUCAGAUAAAUUGGCAUACUACGUGCAUCUCACCUGAUUCAGCUGUUGCAAGUCAUCACUGUUGAAGAAGCAGAAAAAAAAAAACCCCAGAUGUUUGCUUUAUGGAUUACAUGCGUAAUUGUAUGAAAGAGCAACCAUCCACGAUGAGAAAGAGUCAGCCUGAAAGAUUAAGUUGAAAUUUAACAACAUGGACAUUUGCAUUAAGGAUAUUUCUUACGGUUUCUUCCAAGGAAACUUUUCUUCGAUGUACUCUACAUACCUGGAUCAAACUAUGGACCGUUUUGGUCAGCCUGUGAUGUUGAGACUUGUGCCAAAAGGCCAGAAAUCCAGCUCUACGAUGCGUACAAGAAACUCGGACAAAGAAUGGAGAAGUAACAGUACUUUAAGCAGUCCAGUGCCCCAGAUUCCUGAUGUUCAAAUUACCAAGAGAUCUCCAAAAAACGGUUUUAUCAUAACUAAAUCAUUUGCUCAAGAUUUUGGUGUGAAGGUCUCACCAGCUCAGUCUGCUGUUGCAUCCAACUCACUGACUGAGACUGAUAGUAACACUGUCUCCUCAGCCCAAGAUGACAAGGACAUUUACCAAUCAAAGCUGUGUGAAGCUAUAGACUUGUCAGCUUUAGGUGACAACAUUACCAAUCCUCACACUCAUCAUGUCAACUUCAUCUCUGGACCAUCAGUUCAAAAUGAAAAGGUUACACUGUUACAAACUCAAGAUGGCAAUAUUAUCAUCACAAACUCACAUGCGCAAAUGCAUAGCAGUAUUGUAAACUCUCCAGCUCAUGAAGGCAGCAUCAGUAAUAAUUUGCUUGCUCAAGAUGACAACGUCUUUGCCACCCAGGCUCAGGGAAACAGUGUUUGUGAUUCAUCAGCUGCAGAUGGUAGCACCAUCAACACACCAACUCAUGAUGGCAGCACCAUCAACACACCAACUCAUGAUGGCGGCACCAUCAACACACUGACUCAUGAUAGCGGCACCAUCAACACACCGACUCAUGAUGACGGCACCAUCAACACACCGACUCAUGACAGCAGCACCAUCAACACACCGACUCGUGAUGGCGGCACCAUCAACACACCAAUUCAUGACAGCUGCACCAUCAACACACCAACUCAAGAUGAAAAUGUUUCCUGUCUCAAUCAUUCAGUCUACAGGGAGCAUUAUUCUCACAUUGCAAUGUCCUCUAAACAUGAUGAACAUUCUGACAGUGUAACGGAUAAACAUCUAUCUCAGAUCAGCAACGUCUCUGAGCCUAGCCUAAACCAAAGCUUGGCUCCAUCAGUAACCACCAUCCAGGACCCAGCCAGCCAGAAGUUAAAAUGGCAGAACCCACCUCUCUCAGUUCUGGUCGUGAAGAAGAUGUUUGAUGACAGUGUUGUCCUUCCUUUUACUGAUCUUGUCUCAUGGCUCAUUGAGGAGAAGAAAAUGAUUGUGUUUAUUGAACACAAGGUGCUGUCUGACCCUCUCCUCCAAACCGAUGCUCACUUCAACUGUCUGACUGAGAAACUUCAUACAUUUGGCCAUGGUGAUGACCUGACGGGUAAGAUAGAUUUUAUCAUCUGUCUAGGAGGAGAUGGCACAUUACUACACGCAUCAUCCCUGUUUCAGCAAAGUGUACCUCCUGUCAUGGCAUUUCACCUUGGAUCUCUGGGAUUUCUAACCCCGUUCGAGUUUGUUAACUUUCGCGACCAAGUUACCCAAGUCCUAGAAGGUAAUGCUGCCCUCACUCUGAGAAGUCGCUUAAAAUGUGUUGUAACAAAAGAUCGAGAUGGUGUUCAGUCAUUGACAAGACUCAAGAACGACCCAGCCUACAGCUGUGCUGAGAUUUUGGUCCUGAAUGAGGUCGUGAUAGACCGAGGCCCGUGCCCGUACCUGUGUAACCUUGACCUGUACAUAGAAGGUCGUCUGGUCACAUCGGUCCAGGGCGAUGGAUUGAUCGUGUCCACGCCCACAGGCAGUACAGCCUAUGCUGUGGCGGCAGGUGCCUCCAUGAUGCAUCCAAAUGUGCCCGCCAUCAUGAUCACGCCUAUCUGCCCUCAUUCUCUCUCAUUCCGACCAAUCGUAGUCCCCGCUGGUGUGGAAAUAAAGUUGCUCGUAUCUCCAGAGGCCCGUAAUUCAGCCUGGGUCUCAUUUGAUGGCCGCAACCGACAAGAAAUCCAGCAAGGGGACAGUGUACGAAUCACCACUGCCCGCUUCCCUGUUCCUUCUGUGUGUAAAACAGACCAGAUAGACGAUUGGUUCAACAGCUUGGCAGAAUGCUUACACUGGAACGUCCGCAAAUCUCAACUGCCCUUGUCAUCGAGAAACAGCACGGGAACAUUGGAUUCUGACAGCGAAUCAAACCAUAGCAAUCGGUGACCGAGUACUGGAACUCUUCUUGUGUUUAUAUACUGGUUAGCUCAACACUUUUAUACGCCAGGGUCCAUCUGUUGGCUGUAUUUUAUUUUUACAAUUCAUGUUAUGAAAUAGAGACAUUUUUUUUUACCCAUAUGAAAUUAUUCAGCGGGAUUUUGUUACUUGCUCUACUGACAAGUUUUCACACUUUGUACUUUAUUAUAUUUUGAGGGAGUCAGUAAUGUUCAGUUUUUCUAAUAUGUUUCCAUAAAGAAAUUAUUAUGUCGAAUACACAAAAGCUAUAUAGUAUAUUUUAAAUUGAGUAUUCAUUUUUGCAUAAAUUUCAUGUGGAAAACACUCUGCUUUGUGUGGGCACUUGUAGGUUGAAUAGAUGCACACCUUAUACAUAUAAAUGUACAUGUAUGUAUAUAUAUUUAUAUAUAUAUAUAUAACACUAUUACAUAGACAUAAUGAUGGUUAAUGUGCCUACUUUUCAGCUGCUAGGAGGAAACUGCAGGUUUGAGUUCAGGCGGGUGUAAGUUCAAACCUGGCUUGUGGAUUUCCCCGCUCUCACUCUUUGUGGGGCCUUGAUGACAAAAAUUAUGAUUGCCAGCAAUGCUAGUGUGACUUUUAACAAAUAUCUGGUGGUCAGUUCGUCAGGAAUGUAAUUGCUAAAGGUCAGUGGUUUAUCAUGGCAUCCCGCGGUUUCCUCCACACAGAAAACUGACCACCAUAGUAAGUGGAAACUUCUUGAGUGUGAGCACUAAAGAAACGGUCAAAAACAUCAAUAAAUAAGCAUAGACAUAAUGCUUUGUUACAUGUGACAAAGGCUAAGGUCAUAGUUUUAGGUAGUUACUGGAAAAUCUUCCAUGUACACUAUUAUUCAAGAUAUUCCAUUUUAUGGACUAUGAUAAUUAAAUGUCCCCUGAUGGAUGUUUAUAUAAACUAAUUAAUGUUGGCUUUCUGUUUGAUUGCACUUUAUUGACUGAAAGAAGCAUUGAUUGGUAUCCUAAGGCAUUAAACCAAUUCAGUGAUUUACUGGGGAAAAAAUACCGCAGUGACUAGAAAUAUUUGACCUAAAUGUCAGCCCCUGUCGCUAACAAAGAACUUGCCUGCCACGAGAACACCUGACGUGACUGGUUUUAACAAGAGCUGACAGUGGCUUGAGGAUUUCCCGACAAGUCACACCUGUAUUUUUUAUCCAUGAUUUAAAAAGGGAGAAAUUAUCAAGCCAGAGUUGUUAAAAACCUGUAAAUUCCAAAACUGUCUCAAAGCAUUGAUCCCAUCGGACAUGCAUGCUAGCCACCCCUUCUCCAGUUGUUUGAAGUUUGAAGAUUGAUGUUGUCCGUUCACAGCCCCAUAAGUAAAUAUAGCAAAAAAGGUUCACUCUCGCUUUAGCUGUAGAAGUGGAAAGUGAUGUAUAAUUCUCCGACACUUAAUUUACUCGAUCUAGAGGCUUGCGAUCACUGACAACUGCUGAUUUGCAAGUUAUUCCAAGUUAAGCAAAUUUUUUGCGACUGGAACCAUCCACUUGUACCCAAUUCCGUCAAUCUAUGUGUUCUUGCAUCAAAUUGGCCCAAAUUUUGCUUGUGAUUACAAGGUUUUUUCGUGAAACGUUAUGAUAUGAUAAGUGUUACGUGAGUACAUGUAGAUCAACUUCUGAGUUGUACCAAGUUGCUUAAAAUCGGAAGUCAACCUAUGCCCAGCUUUAGGACUUUUUUAAAAUGGUAGAUGUAUCAACUGAUAAAAAUAGUUACUGUAAUUACCAUUUUUUAAAAUGGUAGAUGUAUCAACUGAUAAAAAUAGUUACUGUAGUUACCAUUUUUUAAAAUGGUAGAUGUAUCAACUGAUAAAAAUAGUUACUGUAGUUACCAUUUUUUAAAAUGGUAGAUGUAUCAACUGAUAAAAAUAGUUACUGUAGUUACCAUUUUUUAAAAUGGUAGAUGUAUCAACUGAUAAAAAUAGUUACCGCAGCAAGUUAGUGAAGGGCAUUAUCGGAGACAAGGUCCGUUCAGCUGGUAUGUAAUUAUGUUGUGUUUCUUGUGACUUUUUUAGUACUUUCAUAAUAGGUUACUUGUAUCAUAUGUACUUUAGCAAUGGUGAAGAUGAAAGGUUGCUUAUUUGUAAUAAAUAUUUGACUUGUUGUUUUGGUGCUUGUCAUGAUGACUAACCUGUUAGUUGUAUAAUCCUGCAGUUCAUGACAAGUACACAUAUUCACCUGGGCAUAAUAAGAAUACUGUCAGUUGUUAAUGUUAUGGAUGUUUUCUUUUUUGUGUUUUUUUAUUUUCAAUUUUACUGAUUGUUAUUGUUUUAUGAAUUGGGAAAGCAGACAUAUACCUUGUUGUGUUCACAACUUUUUUUUUCUUUGUAUUGCUUAGGCGAUACCAAUUUUAUUUUUGUUUUAUGGGCAAGACAACAGUUGAAAAACCCAAGAAUGCAGUAAAAAUCAACCUUUUAAUUUUGUCCGAUGUUGAAUACUUUUUAUGACUUUUUGUUUUUCAAGGCUUUCUGAUCAUACAAAUAUAUAUUUGACAGAAAAAAAUUGCUGGGACAGCCACAUUUCCCACAAAUUAGACCAUUUUACGUUCUGUUUUUAUUUUUAUACCCUAGCUCUGGUAACAUUGGGAAAAGAUUUUAUUCUGCCUGUAAAACUAAUAUAAAUUGGUGUGGCCUGAAAGCUGUUCAUUGUAUUAACAGAUUCGUUUUUGUCUCUCUCACCCCACGCUGUAAUAUGCACAGAUUAGCCUGUUAGCUGGCCCACAUAGCAGUGGUUUUGUAAUACAAUCUGUCUUGUGUGAGUCUUUCAUAUGUUGUGUUGAAUAUAGCAUUUAUUCAAAUUUUGUUUGGGUUUUUAUCACUUUACAGGUAAUCAUUCACUGGCAUAGGAAUGAAUGUGAAAAACAAAAUAAUGUACAGUCAAUUCCUGAAAGAUCAUUUAAAACAUGCGAACUUGUGGUGUGAAAAGAAAAUGUCAGAUUGCUUGCAGAUGUGUGAUAUUUUACAUAACUAAUUAUAGCAAUACUGUGGCAUACUGUAUUUAUAGGAGCCCUUUGAGUACGUGGCAUCAGUGGUGUACAGAAGCCAUGAUGUGACUAUUUUAUGAGAUAAAGUGGGGGGUGGGGAGAUCUCAAGUCUCAUAGGAGUCUGUUCACAAAGAGUUCUUUCCCUUUGAAUUCUUUUUUCAUCUGGUAAAUGUACAUGUAGCAAGCUCUUGUGAUUUUUCAAGCAUUUCAUGUUUCCUUUGUGACCAUAAUAAAGCCUCUUACAAUACCAUUGUAUGUGCUAACUUGUGAGGCCACAUUCGUUGUAUCAUUCAAUUUCAAAUUAUAUAAACACAUUGAAUUUAUAUUUAUUCAUACAA